GCGAGCUUUCAGCGGCCACUCGGCCGGGGAUGGGCAUGGAGAUGGGGUGUACCCCGACAGUCCGUCCCGAGAAGUCACCGCGAUCACCGCGAUAUGGCCGUCGCCCCGAGCAAGUUGUUGGAGAGGCCCUUGAAUCGCCUGCAUUGUUGCGUCCUGCACAGCCGUCCAGGACAGAGCUGCACCCAUGCCCUGCUUUGGAAUAUCUACCGCAAUCAUGUGUCGAGUGCCAAAUAUUACUCCCCCUUGCUGCUGCUGCCUCUGGUCUUGAAGUGGCGCAAGGUAUCCAAAGGAACGAUCCUGGCUAUAGUGAAGAACUAUGUGCAGUCCGUCAGCUUCGCCUCCUGCAUCAAUGCGUUCACGUUUUACUUCAUGUGCGUGGCCCGGCGUCUCAACGGGCGCUUCGUGUUCAUCUACACCCCCUACCUGUCGUGCUGGCUGGCCUCUCAGCUCAGCUGGUGGAUGCCACCGCAGGUUCUGCUGUACUUUUCGACUGGCAUUACUCAUGCGGCCUUGGAGAGCCUGCUACGGCAGUGGGACCUUGGUCUGGUGCAUUCGCGUUGGGGCCAGACGAUGGUAUUCAUGCUGAGCUCCCUAGUGGUCUUGCACUAUCAGCAAGCGCAAAAGUAUUCGGGUUUCUGGUUCAUCAAGCCAACGCCCUUACCUGUGGACUACCCCAAAUGGUCAGCGGUCAAGCGCCUCCGGCAGAGUCUAACCCAGUUUGGAACUUAUCUGGGAAUUGGUUUAGCACUAGACUUGGGGCACGCCAUAAUGCGCCGAAACCUCAUGCGUCUGCGACUGGAUACAACUCGAUUCUUGGUCGGCUACAUGGGCCUGUUUCAAUUGAUGCAAUGGCUAUUACUGAGAAUGAGGCUGAAGCGGAGGCAGGCGAAUGCUGUGGCCGCUUUUGUCAGCGGUGUAUCCUUUGCCCUGCUCAAUCGCACGACCUUAAUGACCUUUGCCAUGGUCACAGCCAGCCAGGUGAUCUGGCAGCAGGUCUGCUCACGGGACCCUGGCAAAGAAAAGCUACUGGCCUUCCUACAGAAGAUACCCUGGGCCAAGCUGUUGAUACCGUGCAGUCUGGCUUAUUUGGUGCACACCUUCUUUUUCCACGAAGAUAUUCUCAACGGGCUGGCCAGGGACUUCAUUGACUGCACCUGCGACCACAAUGGCCAGCGUUUGCUGAACCUGAUGAAGCUACCCAACGAAAAUGUCAUACUAACGACUGUCAACAGGUCUCCAAGAACAUCAUUUUGGUUUUAGCAUAGACCAACAUA